GCGAGGACAGAACAGCAGUCUACUUUGAAUGUGUCCGGGAUGCAUUAGUGGUAACGAUUUGUGAAAAGUGAGCAAGCUAUCAUGGAGGAUCGGGAGAAAUAAAGCAUUAGGGAUCUACGUUUGAGAGGGAGGAACCAACGCUGUCAUGGCAGAUCAAGGAAAAAUGAAGAGUCAAGAUGAGGAUCUGCCACCUGACAUCAAGGAUUGGAGUAAACAUCAAGUGAGAGAAUGGGCUCUCAAGUUGGAUGAUGUAGAGGACAGAGUGGCAGAGAUACUGUUACAGGAGGACAUUAAUGGGCCUAGUCUUUUGCUUUUAAAUGCAGAAGACUUAAAAAAUAUCGGUGUGACUUUUGGACCAGCAAAACUUAUCAUUCAUGCCAGAGAUGAGGCAGUGAAAUUAAAGAAAAAGGAGUCAACAAGCUCAACAAAUCUGCCUAGAAGACCAUGCAAGCCCUAUCCAUUCUGUAGGUAUGAUGAUACAUAUAGAUACAUGGAGAGCGACAUUCUUGAUAUUACAGAAUCAGGUGCCUCAGACUUAAUUGAACCCUGCCACGAGUAUAAAGCUUUUAACUAUACAACAGAUGAAUCUACAAUGACCAGGUUAACUGAAGAGGUUAUCCGCUUUGCAGCUGCCUGCAUGAACAGCCGCACCAAUGGCACCAUUCAUUUUGGAAUAGGAGACGAGCCAAACUUCAGACACGGUCAAGUGUUGGGAGUGGUUGUUAAGGACAGAGAGGCUUAUGCAAAGAAAAUAAACUCUGCCAUUGAUUAUUUUGAGCAUAAACACAAACAGACUGCUCAUAGUUGCAUCAAACCUCCUAGAUUUGUUGGGGUCCUCAACAGGAAUGAGACAUCAUCUGACAAAUGUGUGAUAGAAGUGGACAUAGUCCCUGACUCUACGAUGUGUGAGGAAAACAUCUACCACACUAUCAACAUGGACACAAAAAAAGGCAGGAAGAAAGCAAAAGGUGAAGAAACACAACCAUCGAAGCAAUUCUUUGUCCGAGAUGGGGCUAGCAGCAGGGAUCUCCUCGCAGCCACGACAUCUGCCAAAUCAAUGGAAAAGUACAACCAGUUUGUUGCCAGUAAGGCACAGCAAGCACAACUCCGAAAACAAGCUGAAGAGAAGCACCUCGGUGUGAUCAAAAGCAGUACUCAGGGCUCCAGAUUGAGUCAGAUGAUAACUGGUGGAUCCCUCUCUUUGGAUAAGUCACACUUUGAGCGGUAUGUGAUAGUAACUAACAAAUCACAUCCAAUCCACUUUGAAUCACUAGGAUUUCUUGUAGAGCUCAACCCAAUAGCUGUUUUGGACUUUGAUCCAGAAUCAGCUGAGAAUGGGUUACAAUUUCACUUUAAACAACAGAGCACAGUAAAUGUCCAUUUGCCAGCACAGUAUAAAAUCACAGAAGGAGUUGAGGACAUUGCAAAUAAGUUGAAAUUAACUAGAACCACUAGCUGGAUAUUCUGCAAUGGAGGGAUUGAGGAUGAGGCACCCUCAGACAUAGACGAGUGGUUGAUGGACAAGGGGGCCUCCGUUCGAGAUGUGAUUUCUUUCUUGUGUCGGAAAGAUGUGCUUCCAAACAAGAGAUUCCUCGUAAUUUUCUUACUUUGGUCAACAGUGAGUGAGAAGAUGGACCCUCUUGUUGAGACUUUCAGUACUUUCUGGCAGGAGCUCAGAGGCACAGAGCAGAUACUUUGUAUAUGCGACAAUGAAAAAGCAUUUACCUCCUGGAAGAACCUAGUUGAUGCUCGGUGCGGAAUCUCUAUUGAUCGUAGAUGCAUUUCUGAGCUCAGUUUUACUGAAGUCAAUGGCACUGUCCUUAGUCUUUUGUCAAAAAACCGCAGAUCCAGACGUUUUCUACCAUGUGGCGGGGGAAGUAAUGUGCUUCUUGAGAAGAAAGUGGAGCGUGACCUGCAUGCCUUGGAGGUAUUAUGUGUGAACCAAUGUGAAGGAGGAAAUGAGGACAAAAUUGUCAUGGAGGAGAACUUCUACAAAGGAGGACAAGUUUCAUGGUGGAACUUCUACUUUUCAGAGCAGCCUGGAUCUACACCAUUUAUCAAACGAGACACGUUUGACUUCAUCGUGAACACAGUCAUACCAGAUUUGUGCUCCCUGGGAAAAGCCUGCGUGUUGUUCAACCUUAUGCAUUUACCCGGGUGUGGUGGGACAACUUUAGCCAUGCAUACUUUAUGGGCUCACAGGGACAGAUUCCGUUGUGCUGUCCUCAGAGACAGCAACGCCGAUCUUGCUGAAGUCGCUGGUCAAGUCGUCAAACUUUUAAUGUAUGACCAUGGGGAGCAAUUACCAAGGGUCCCUGUUCUGCUGAUGAUAGAUGACUUUGAUGAUAAGGAAAAAGUAUUUGACUUGCAACGGGCCAUUGAUGAAGAAUGUACUAAGAAAAACAUUCAGUCUAAGUCUGCACAGGUAAUUCUCCUGAACUGUAUGAUGUCGGAGUCCUCUGAACAACCUGAACAAACUGAGGAGACAGUAUUCAUUGGAAACAAGCUCUCUGAGACGGAGCAGAGACAGUUCGAGGAAAAACUUGUAGAAAUAGAGAAAAUAUACAAGAAUGCAGACACGUUCUAUGGAUUCAUGAUCAUGAAGAAGAACUUUAAGCCAGAGUAUGUUCAGAGUGUGGCCUGCAAAACCCUGAAGAGCUUCAACAUAAAUCAGAAACAUGCACAACUCUUGGCUGUUUUAGUUCUGUUGAAUGUAUAUUGCAAGGGUGCCUCUCUCUCCGUCUCUCUGUGUGAGGAAUUUCUUGGUCUUCAACCAAAACCAGUGUGUGGAACCAUCAAAGUUGAAGAAGGAUUUGGGAAAUUUUCCACUUUAAUUGCCACUUGCUUAGUUGAGGGUAAGGUAGUUUUCAAAGCUGUGAAAAUGAUCCAUUCAAGUAUUGCAAGUCACUGUUUGGAGGAACUUACAACAACUCACAAUGUGAACAAAGCUGAGAUAACUGACCUUCUGCUACGCUCAGACAAGCUUUAUGAGAGCACACAAGGCAAAGACAAACUCCUGCAAGACGUUCGCCACAUUUUGGUGAAGAGACAUCAUUCAGCGGAUGAAUCUCAGUUUUCUCCGCUAAUUCAACACAUUUUACGUGAAACACCAGGACAGGAAGAGAUGGUGUUACAAAAUGCAUCAAAAAGAUUUGAGAAAGAUGCAGUUGUCUCUCAGUUACUAGCCAGGUACUUUUACCUAAGAAAGAAGGAUUUCUCAGCGGCAGAAGUUUGGGCAUCAAAAGCAAGAGAUAUUUCCAAAGACAGCUCAUAUUUCGCCGACACCUCAGCACAAGUUGUCAAGCAUGAGCUGAAGAAUGCCAUUGAAAACUACAAGGAAGAACCUGUAAGUCCUGAAAAAUUGGACAUGUUUCUCAAAAUGGCUCAGUCAGCAAUAGAGGCAUUCAAGGAAACACAAAGCCUUGCAAAGAAGGAGUCACUUCAACGAAAAUGCCCUUUUAAUUCAGCAGGGUGCCUGGGAGAAAUUCAGGUCGGAGUUCUUGUCAUUAAAGUGCUGGCAAAGACCCCAGUGUUUUCUUCUGACAAUGUCCGCCAUGACAUAAUGAGUGAGGUUCUCUCUGGAGAUGUGAAACUUCAGGCUGUAGAGAAAAAUGAUCAACGACACAACAAACAUGCACAAUACUACAAAAUCCUCAAACAGUUUGAGGAUGUACUCUGCAACCUCAGAUAUAGGAUGAAGAUGAACUUUGACUUCCUUGACAAUUUUUAUGUGAACUUGGGCUCCAGAUCUGGAAUGAAAGACUGUCGUGAGCAAAGAUUCCUAAAUGAGCUUUUCAGAUGUUUCACAGAGUAUGCAAAGCUUUUCUGCAAGACUGAUUCUGCAGCUCUCAUUAGGAACAAGACCAUGUACAACAUGCUGCAACUACACGAGGCAAGACAAUACCUGGAGAUGAGAAAAGCUGAUACCUACUCUGGGAUUCUGAAUUGUCUCUCAGAUAACAUCUCACCUGACAUAAUGAAGAAGAUCGCCAAACUGUCUGCUUUUGUUUGUGCACAUAGGCCGACUGUGAAGGAGAGAAUCAACUUCAUCUAUGUCAAUGUUGUGUUGAGUUGUAAACUGGCAUCAACACACAUUCCCUACCAGGAACUAAUUGAUCUCCUUUGCCAAGUUCAGCAUGAGCAAAUCCCGUUAAGUGAGAACCUACCCCUGCACUUCAUUGCAGUUUUGCUGUUGUGGCCACAACAGCACUAUCUGGAGGGGGUUCCACCAAGAAGUCUGGGGAUGCACAUCUCACAGAUCAGGAACUCUUAUCACAAUGAGAUGAAGGAAGUGUACAAUGAAAGAAGACCCAUUGUUCAUUUCCUCCUGGGGAAGAAGCAGGGCUAUGAACGACUGGUACACUUAGGGGAAAUCAAAAGGUUCAUCAUGGCUCGGCAGGAGGAGUUCACCUUAAUGUGGGAAAAUGGAAAAAUAUGGAAAGAGAAGAAGGUGGAGGAGUGCCUUUGCAGGGUCACUGGCAAGGUGAAGAAUAGGUUGAUCCUGGCAGAUACUUGUAUCCCAGGUCUGAAGUUGGAAAUCACCCCAAUGUUUCGAAGUCAGCUUAGUGGGCAUGUCCAGGAGUCAGAAGUGUCAUUCUUUAUCGGUUUCUCCAUCAAAGGCCCUGUUGCUCUCGACAUUAAGUGAACUUUGAAAGCAGCCUGUUCCAACAUAAUGUAGCUUUCAGCUAUUCAUGGUGAUCCAUCCGUGUGAUACACCCUUGUGUACUUUGAAAAGUGAUGAAGUUGGGUAAUUGAUGAAUGUAACCCGAUGUUUUGUGUGCAUCCCCAGCUCUGCACAGCACAUUAUUGAUACCCUUUGUUUUGUAAGGGAAAAGCUUUGUCAAGUACUUAAAAGCAAACCUCUUAAAAAUUUACUUUUUGUACUGUAGUACUUUCCUGUAUAUUGAGAGUCAUUGUAAAUAUGAGUCAUUUUAUAAAUGUGCAUUAUAUAGGAUUCAGAGCAAUGAUAUGAUAUAUAUGUAAAAAACUGUUAUCUAUGGCAGGAUAUACUGUCUCAGCCUUCACCAUGCUCAGAGCGGUUAGGAGGCAACAGAAAUAAUAUAUCUCUUAUAUAGCACCAAAUUACUUUCUUUUUUAUUAUUUUAAUGAAAUUAUAUUAACUACUAUUACCUUUUGUCUUGUUCUCCAUAUACUGAAUACAUGUGUUGUAUAGAAACUUAAUCAUAUUGUUCUAUGAAAUAACAUAAUCUAUCAUUACAUUUACUUUUGAAUCCAAGUGGUGUGCUUUAACAACUAUGUAAGAAUUGGUAAUGUUUUACAUGUAGUAUAUUUGAUUCUUGAUAUUUGAUUCUUGAUAAAAAAACUAAUUUACUUUAAAUAACCUUUUGGACAUUGUUUUACUUACACAAAAAUGCCUCUCUUGUAUUAAAGUCAUUUUUUUUUAAAUUUAUAUUGAAUAUUGAAAUGUUUAUUUUGUUUGUUUUUUCAUGAAAUUAAGUUUGAUAUACAAUCUUUUUUUACUUUUUGUCAUUAUGUGUUAUUAUGUGAUGAUCACGUGUUGUUCAAACAGCUUUCUUUUGCAUACCAUUAAAAACAAUGAUGGACAUUGAUUUUUGCAUUACCCUUUUAAUAAAGAUUAACUUUA